CGCCGGUUCGAGCGUGUCGGCAGACGGGGAGAUGCUGCUGGUGUGAGCGGAGUCUCACGGCGGGACGGGAGAGCGAAAUAAGUUAAAAACUGUGGGAAAGCAGCGGAAUAAAGUGUUUCCGCGGGAUUACCGGAGUCUCCUGCGGCUGACUGCAGCGGUCUGGCGCCAUGGUCCAGCACAGGGAGCUUCCUGGAGCGGCGGCCGGCAAGGGGUCCCGCGAGGCGCCGCACACCGAGGACGGUGAGCUGCUGGCGGCGUCGGCCCGCGGCGCCGUGCCGCUGAAGCCGGACUGGUGCAAGACGGCGUCGGGUCACAUCAAGCGGCCGAUGAACGCCUUCAUGGUGUGGUCCAAGAUCGAGCGGCGGAAGAUCAUGGAGCAGAGCCCCGACAUGCACAACGCGGAGAUCUCCAAGCGGCUCGGCAAGCGCUGGAAGAUGCUGAAGGACACCGAGAAGAUCCCGUUCAUCCGGGAGGCGGAGCGGCUGCGGCUCAAGCACAUGGCCGACUACCCGGACUACAAGUACCGGCCCAAGAAGAAGCCCAAGACCGAGGGCUGCGCGUUCCCGCCGGGCAAGUCCUCCUCCGCGCAGUCCCCGGAGAAAAGCGGCGGGGGGCGGCCGGCCAGCAAGAACCCCGCGGCCGCCAAGAAGCUCUCCCGACUGAAGGCCGGGAAGAGCGCGGCGGCGGCGGGGGGCGGCCGUGCGGGCGGCCGCCCCCCGCCGCCGCUCCAGGACCACCGGUACCGGUACAUGGUCAGCAGCAGCUUUAAGAGCGUGAAACGGGAGUUUACCGACGACGAGGAGGAAGAGGAGGAGGACGAAGACGAGGAGGACUCUGAGGAAGAGUUCAAAGCGGAGGAGGAAGAGGAGGAGGAACCGAGCCGGUUCGGCGUCCCGUCCGAGCCGCAGUUCGAGUCCUCCGGGCGGCUCUUCUACAGCUUCAAGAACAUCACCCGGCAGGGCGGCGCCUCCUACCCGGCCUCCCUGUCCCCCGCCUCCUCCUCCUCCUCCUCCUCCUCCCGGUCCGGCUCCACGUCCUCCUGCUGCGGGGAGGACCCGGACGAGCCGGCGCCGGGCUUCCUGGGCGACCCGUGGGCCUCGUCGUGCAGCGCGGCCGCCGGCAACCUGAGUCUGUCCCUGGUGGACAAGGACCUGGACUCCUGCGGCAGCGAGGCCAGCCUCGGCUCCCACUUCGAGUUCCCGGACUACUGCACGCCGGAGCUCAGCGAGAUGAUCGCCGGCGACUGGCUGGAGGCCAACUUCUCGGACCUGGUCUUCACCUACUGACCCGGAACCAGAACCGGGUCGCCGCAGAGACUCUCCUCCUCAUGCAACACAGGAAGCAUCUCUUCAACAGGGUUUUUUUUUUUUUUAUUUAGGACUUUAUAGGUUUCUGUCUCUCAGGUCCGACCCAGCACCGGACUAUGCAGUCUCACACCGACCCGCUCAGAACUGCAGAACCGGGACCGGUCCGGUUCGGGCGCUCCUGCAGCUGCAGGUGUUACUUGUGACUCUUUUUUUGUUUUAAACUGAUUUUUGCAGAACCCAAACUCAGAUGUCAGGAAACCUUUUUGAUACCUGCAUAACCAAACAUACCUCAUCUUUUUAAAGAUAAUAAUAAUAAUAAUAAAAAUACUAUUUUCAGGCAUAUUUUUGUACAUUCAAAGGGAAUGUCAGGCACUUGUUCCACUCCUUUUUUUUAAUUUUAUUUUUCCCGGUUCCGUUGUUCCGCCUGCCUCGACGUGAUGCCUUGCCGUUGUUGUUGUUUUAAAGAAAGUCCGGUUCUGCUGGGAGUACCGUUCAGCGUGUAAAUGUUGUGAAUACAUAGAUAAAAAAAAAAGUUUAGGACGUUUGUGUGACUGAUUUAUAAAAAAGAUGGCAGGAGGAUGAGGGGGAGUAAAAAAAAAAGCUGGAGUUUCUGUUUUAAUUAUUUUUGUAUGACGUCAUCAGCUGCACACGUCUGUUUUGUUGCUCGUUUAUUUUAUUUUUUAUAUUUUUUUUGUGCAAUAUAUGGAAGAACCGAUGAAAAGGGACUCAAAGGACCGUCCUGGUAGCGAAGGGAAGCUGUGUGAACGUUAACAUGAAGUCUGUAUGUCACCCUGAAUAAAUCAGCUGGAACUGAA